GUGCGAACAACCGCUUCUCGUGACAGUAGGACAGAUGCUUCUCACAGGCAAAUACUGCCUUCGUUGCAGGAAGUGUAGCGAAGCAGCAGUACAGCGCAUGUUCUGAGAACUCUCUGCAAGCAAAUGAUGAAUUCUCUGCAGUGAAACGCAGUCCAGGGAGUGGUCAUGGCGAGUGCUGAGAUCACAGUGUCCUCAAGAAACAUAGUGAUGGUGAAGGAAGAGGAGGAGGAAGGGGAGCACUGUGAGAGCCGCAAGACUCAGGUCAUCCUCCAUCUGCAGCCCAUCAUACAGGGGGCAAAUGAGGACAACGCUGACACUGGCUCUACUGUUCUAGCCAUAGAGACGCAUCAUGAAGACAAUCUUGCGGAGGGUGAGGAGGUUGAGUAUGGAUACCCCAUCACCUGUGGCGAAAGCAAAGCAGUCCUCCUGUUUAAGAAGUUUGUCUGCCCUGGCAUCAACAUCAGAUGUGUCAAGUUCAAUGACCAGCUGAUCAGCCCCAAGCAGUUUGUUCACAUGGCAGGGAAAGCCACUCUGAAGGACUGGAAGAGGGCCAUCCGACUGGGAGGGGUGAUGCUCAGGAAAAUGAUGGACUCAGGUCAGAUUGACUUCUACCAGCAUGACACAGUGUGCACCAACACCUGCCGCAGCACUAAGUUUGACGUGUUGAUCAACAGCACCCGCUUCCUUCCGGGCAGCGCCAUGCAGCACCCCCCUUCCCCUCUGCCAAUAGAUGGAGGCCAUGCUGCAGUGUCAGAUGACAGGCUAGAGGAGAAGGCCUACACUACAGUGGAGUGGAGCCCUGGGCCAGCUCCUCCCAUCACCAGCACAGCCAAUGGACAUGUCAAGAGGAAAAGGGGUGACAUCAUCCCUGAUGGCAGUCUAAGCUUUUGGAGAGGCAUAGCAGACGUUGGCCUGAUGGGGGAGGUGUUAUCCAGUUUCCGCACAGAACUGGUGGCCAUGUUGAGAGGAGUGGAGGUCCGCAGUGAGAAGGCCAUUUUGCAAGAAGCCGAUGCGGUUGUGCUGAACUCCCUUUCUGCGAUGUUUGGGCUGCUGGACUCAGUGAGGAGGGUUCUGGACCUGAGACGCAGUGAGACUGAUGACAACCAGCAGCAGGUCCACAAUGCUCUUAAUGUGCUGGAGGACCAGUUGGAGGACCAGAGGAAGCAGAGGCAGGAUGAGCCCCCACCCAGCCCUGGUCACCUCUACAUGGGCAGCUUCUCCAAGGCCACCCCCUCAAAGUGCCCGCGGCUGCAUCCCUCUAGCUCUUCCACCACCCAGCCUCAGAACCAGACCACACAAUCGUCUAUCGUCUUAUCUCCCAUUACCACAUCCCCAGUGGGUCAGCCUCUCAAUGUGGCCGGCUUGCCUGUGGCCACACUGGCCCAACUCCCCACUGGCUCCCAGCUCUUCACCCACUACACCACUGGCAACACCUCUGCAGGAAAGAGAGGCAGAGCCAGGUCUGUGGCUCUCCAUGCAGCCUCCAGGGUGACUGUGCUCAACACAACCACAGAGUCAUGGGUAGGGACCCCUCUACAGGCGCUUCAUCUAACCCAGAAGAAGGAGCAGGACUCUGGGGACAAGGAGAGCCAGAGACUGGGGGAGGAGAGGAUAGUACUUGUGCAGCAGGGGGUACUACUGGACACUCCAGGGAUUCAGACACACUUUGCUGGGAACAGUGGGGGCUCAAUCAGAGAUGGAGGAAAAGGGGGAGGAACAGGGGAGGGACAGGAGAGUGAAGGUACAGAAGGAAGGGUUGCAUAAUGUAGAGUAUAAUGUAGAGUCUUUGGCAGGAACAGGGCAUUAAAAGAAUGUAAAGCCAAGUGAGAGAAGAGAGAACCGUAAGGAAUACAGUUGAAAGAGAAUAGAGUGAGUGAGUGAGUCAGCGAGCGAGUGUGUGUGUGUGACAGUGUGUCUGUGUGGAAGAGAGCAAGAAGGUGAACUUCGCCAUGUCAUGUCAUGUGUAGCGCCACACAGAUUUUAGGCUAUAUGUGUUUUAGGCUAUAUGUGUUUUAGGCUACAUGUGUUUUAGGCUACAUGUGUUUUAGGCUAUACAGUGCCUUGCGAAAGUAUUCGGCCCCCUUGAACUUUGCGACCUUUUGCCACAUUUCAGGCUUCAAACAUAAAGAUAUAA